AUGCAGGAAAGAAUCGGAGGAAGAGGAAAUAGGGGACUGGAGACAAAGGGGGAGGGGACACAGCGGGAGAUGAAGGCCGAGCAGAAGGUGGAUACAGAGGAGGAGAUGGUGGAGAAGUUGGAAGCGGAGAAGGAGGAGGAGCUGGCAGAAGAGCAGGUAGUGAUGACAGUAGAGGACUCAAAUGAGAAGGAAGAGAUGGAAACCGAGGAGGCGAAGGUGGAGAUAGAGAAGGACAUGAAGGAAGAGCUAAAGGAGGAACUGAAGGCUGCAGAUAUUAAUACAGAGGAAUUGCUGGAAACAGAGGCAGUGGUGGAGGAGCUAAUGGAAGAUGAGGAGGUGGAGACAGGAAAGACAGAGCUGACGGCUAAGGAAGCGGAGGAUGAGCUGGAGAUUACAGAGAUGAUUGCAGUGGAAGGGAUGGAAACAGAGCUGGUGGAGGAGCUAGAGCUAAUAGAAGGGGAGAAGGUGAAGACAGGGAAGGUAGAGCUGAUGGCUAUGGAUGAGAAGAAGGAGCUGAAGAUUACAGGGAUGACUGCAGUGGAAGGGCAGGGAACAGAGCCGAUGGAGGAGCUGGAGCUAAUGGAAGAUGAGGAGGUUGAGACAGGAAAGAUAGAGCUGAUGGCUAAGGAGGAGGAGCUGAAGAUUGCAGGGAUGACUGCAGUGGAAGGGCUGGAAACAGAGCUGGUGGAGGAGCUGGAGCUAAUGGAAGGGGAGGAGAUGGCUCAGACAGGAAAGGCAGAGCUUACAGCUAAGGAGGCGGAGGAGGAGCUGAAGAUUGCAGGGAUGACUGCAGUGGAAGGGCAGGUAACAGAGCAGAUGAAGGAGCUGGAGCUAAUGGAAGAUGAGGAGGUUGAGACAGGAAAGAUAGAGCUGAUGGCUAAGGAGGAGGAGCUGAAGAUUGCAGGGAUGACUGCAGUGGAAGGGCUGGAAACAGAGCUGGUGGAGGAGCUAGAGCUAAUGGAAGAUGGGGAGGCCGUGGAGACAGGAAAGGCAGAGCUGACGGCUAAGGAGGCGGAGGAGGAGCUGAAGAUUACAGAGAUGACUGCAGUGGAAGGGCAGAGAACAGAGCCGAUGGAGGAGCUGGAGCUAAUUCAAGAUGAAGAGGUUGAUACAGGAAAUAUAGAGCUGAUGGCUAAGGAGGAGCUGAAGAUUGCAGGGAUGACUGCAGUGGAAGGGCAGGGAACAGAGCCGGUGGAGGAGCUGGAGCUAAUGAAGGAUGAAGAGGUUGAGACAGGAAAGGUAGAGCUGAUGGCUAAGGAGGAGAAGGAGGAGCUGAAGAUUGCAGGGAUGACUGCAGUGGAAGGGCUAAUGGAAGAUGAUGAGGUGGAGACAGGGAAUGUAGAGCUGAUGGCUAUGGAGGAGGAGGAGCUGAAGAUGGCAGAGAUGACUGCAGUAAAAGGGCUGGGAACAGAGCUGGGGCUAAUGGAAGGGGAGGAGAUGGCUCAGACAGGAAAUGCAGAGCUGACAGCUAAGGAGGCGGAGGAGGAGCUGAAGAUUGCAGGGAUGACUGCAGUGGAAGGGCAUGGAACAGAGCCUGUGGAGGAGCUGGAGCUAAUGAAAGAUGAAGAGGUUGAGACAGGGAAGGUACAGCUGAUGGCUAAGGAUGAGAAGGAGGAGCUGAAGAUUGCAGGGAUUACUGCAGUGGAAGGGCUGGAAACAGAGCUUGUGGAGGAUCUGGAGCUAAUGGAAGGGGAGAAGGUGGAGACAGGGAAGGUAGAGCUAAUGGCUAUGGAGGAGGAGGAGCUGAAGAUGGCAGAGAUGACUGCAGUAGAAGGGCUGGGAGCAGAGCCGGUGGAGGAGCUGGAGCUAAUGGAAGGGGAGGAGAUGGCUCAGACAGGAAAGGCAGAGCUGACAGCUAAGGAGGCGGAGGAGGAGCUGAAGAUUGUAGGGAUGACUGCAGUGGAAGGGCAGGGAACAGAGCCGGUGAAGGAGCUGGAGCUAAUGAAAGACGAAGAGGUUGAGACAGGAAAUGCAGAGCUGACAGCUAAGGAGGAGAAGGAGGAGCUGAAGAUUGCAGGGAAGACUGCAGUGGAAGGGCAGGGAACAGAGCCGGUGGAGGAGCUGGAGCUAAUGGAAGAUGAGGAGGUUGAGACAGGAAAGAUAGAGCUGAUGGCUAAGGAGCUGAAGAUUUCAGGGAUGACUGCAGUGGAAGGGCUGGAAGCAGAGCUGGUGGAGGAUCUGGAGCUAAUGGAAGGGGAGAAGGUGGAGACAGGGAAGGUAGAGCUGAUGGCUAUGGAGGAGGAGGAGCUGAAGAUGGCAGAGAUGACUGCAGUAGAAGGGCUGGGAGCAGAGCCGGUGGAGGAGCUGGAGCUAAUGGAAGGGGAGGAGAUGGCUCAGACAGGAAAGGCAGAGCUGACAGCUAAGGAGGCGGAGGAGGAGCUGAAGAUUGUAGGGAUGACUGCAGUGGAAGGGCAGGGAACAGAGCCGGUGGAGGAGCUGGCGCUAAUGAAAGAUGAAGAGGUUGAGACAGGAAAGGUAGAGCUGAUGGCUAAGGAGGAGAAGGAGGAGCUGAAGAUUGCAGGGAUGACUGCAGUGGAAGGGCUGGAAACAGAGCUGGCAGAGCUGACGGCUAAGGAGGCGGAGGAGGAGCUGAAGAUUACAGAGAUGACUGCAGUGGAAGGGCAGGGAACAGAGCCGAUGGAGGAGCUGGAGCUUAUUCAAGAUGAAGAGGUUGAUAAAGGAAAUAUAGAGCUGACGGCUAAGGAGGAGCUGAAGAUUGCAGGGAUGACUGCAGUGGAAGGGCAGGGAACAGAGCCGGUGGAGGAGCUGGAGCUAAUGAAGGAUGAAGAGGUUGAGACAGGAAAGGUAGGGCUGAUGGCUAUGGAGGAGGAGGAGCUGAAGAUGGCAGAGAUGACUGCAGUAGAAGGGCUGGGAACAGAGCCGGUGGAGGAGCUUGAGCUAAUGGAAGGGGAGGAGAUGGCUCAGACAGGAAAGGCAGAGCUGACAGCUAAGGAGGCGGAGGAGGAGCUGAAGAUUGUAGGGAUGACUGCAGUGGAAGGGCAGGGAACAGAGCUGGUGGAGGAGCUGGCGCUAAUGAAAGAUGAAGAGGUUGAGACAGGAAAGGUAGAGCUGAUGGCUAAGGAGGAGAAGGAGGAGCUGAAGAUUGCAGGGAUGACUGCAGUGGAAGGGCUGGAAACAGAGCUGGUGGAGGAGCUAGAGCUAAUGGCAGAUGAGGAGGAUGAGGAGGAGGAGCUGAAUAUUGCAGGGAUGACUGCAGUGGAAGGGCUGGAAACAGAGCUGGUGGAGGAGCUGGAGCUAAUGGAAGGGGAGAAGGUGGAGACAGGGAAGGUAGGGCUGAUGGCUAUGGAGGAGGAGGAGCUGAAGAUGGCAGAGAUGACUGCAGUAGAAGGGCUGGGAACAGAGCCGGUGGAGGAGCUGGAGCUAAUGGAAGGGGAGGAGAUGGCUCGGACAGGAAAGGCAGAGCUGACAGCUAAGGAGACGGAGGAGGAGCUGAAGAUUGCAGGGAUGACUGCAGUGAAAGGGCAGGUAACAGAACCGAUGGAGGAGCUGGAGCUAAUGGAAGAUGAGGAGGUUGAGACAGGAAAGAUAGAGCUAAUGGCUAAGGAGGAGGAGGAGAUGAAGAUUGCAGAGAUGACUGCAGUAGAAGGGCUGGGAACAGAGCCGGUGGAGGAGCUGGGGCUAAUGGAAGGGGAGGAGAUGGCUCAGACAGGAAAGGCAGAGCUGACAGCUAAGGAGGAGGAGGAGGAGCUGAAGAUUGCAGGGAUGACUGCAGUGGAAGAGCUGGAAACAGAGCUGUUGGAGGAGCUAGAGCUAAUGGAAGAUGAGGAGGUGGAGACAGGGAAUGUAGAGCUGAUGGUUAUGGAGGAGGAGGAGCUGAAGAUGGCAGAGAUGACUGCAGUAGAAGGGCUGGGAACAGAGCCGGUUGAGGAGCUGGAGCUUAUGGAAGGGGAGGAGAUGGCUCAGACAGGAAAGGCAGAGCUGACAGCUAAGGAGGCGGAGGAGGAGCUGAAGAUUGCAGGGAUGACUGCAGUGGAAGGGCAGGGAACAGAGCCGGUGGAGGAGCUGGAGCUAAUGGAAGAUGAGGAGGUUGAGACAGGAAAGAUAGAGCUGAUGGCUAAGGAGGAGGAGGAGGAGCUGAAGAUUGCAGGGAUUACUGCAGUGGAAGGGCUGGAAACAGAGCUUGUGGAGGAUCUGGAGCUAAUGGAAGGGGAGAAGGUGGAGACAGGGAAGGUAGAGCUAAUGGCUAUGGAGGAGGAGGAGCUGAAGAUGGCAGAGAUGACUGCAGUAGAAGGGCUGGGAGCAGAGCCGGUGGAGGAGCUGGAGCUAAUGGAAGGGGAGGAGAUGGCUCAGACAGGAAAGGCAGAGCUGACAGCUAAGGAGGCGGAGGAGGAGCUGAAGAUUGUAGGGAUGACUGCAGUGGAAGGGCAGGGAACAGAGCCGGUGGAGGAGCUGGCGCUAAUGAAAGAUGAAGAGGUUGAGACAGGAAAGGUAGAGCUGAUGGCUAAGGAGGAGAAGGAGGAGCUGAAGAUUGCAGGGAUGACUGCAGGGGAAGGGCUGGAAACAGAGCUGGUGGAGGAGCUAGAGCUAAUGGAAGAUGAGGAGGCCGAGGAGGAGCUGAAGAUGGCAGAGAUGACUGCAGUAGAAGGGCUGGGAACAGAGCCGGUGGAGGAGCUUGAGCUAAUGGAAGGGGAGGAGAUGGCUCAGACAGGAAAGGCAGAGCUGACAGCUAAGGAGGCGGAGGAGGAGCUGAAGAUUGUAGGGAUGACUGCAGUGGAAGGGCAGGGAACAGAGCCGGUGAAGGAGCUGGAGCUAAUGAAAGACGAAGAGGUUGAGACAGGAAAUGCAGAGCUGACAGCUAAGGAGGAGAAGGAGGAGCUGAAGAUUGCAGGGAAGACUGCAGUGGAAGGGCAGGGAACAGAGCCGGUGGAGGAGCUGGAGCUAAUGGAAGAUGAGGAGGUUGAGACAGGAAAGAUAGAGCUGAUGGCUAAGGAGCUGAAGAUUUCAGGGAUGACUGCAGUGGAAGGGCUGGAAACAGAGCUGGUGGAGGAGCUGGAGCUAAUGGAAGGGGAGAAGGUGGAGACAGGGAAGGUAGGGCUGAUGGCUAUGGAGGAGGAGGAGCUGAAGAUGGCAGAGAUGAUUGCAGUAGAAGGGCUGGGAACAGAGCCGGUGGAGGAGCUGGAGCUAAUGGAAGGGGAGGAGAUGGCUCGGACAGGAAAGGCAGAGCUGACAGCUAAGGAGACGGAGGAGGAGCUGAAGAUUGCAGGGAUGACUGCAGUGAAAGGGCAGGUAACAGAACCGAUGGAGGAGCUGGAGCUAAUGGAAGAUGAGGAGGUUGAGACAGGAAAGAUAGAGCUAAUGGCUAAGGAGGAGGAGGAGCUGAAGAUUGCAGAGAUGACUGCAGUAGAAGGGCUGGGAACAGAGCCGGUGGAGGAGCUGGGGCUAAUGGAAGGGGAGGAGAUGGCUCAGACAGGAAAGGCAGAGCUGACAGCUAAGGAGGAGGAGGAGGAGCUGAAGAUUGCAGGGAUGACUGCAGUGGAAGGGCUGGAAACAGAGCUGUUGGAGGAGCUAGAGCUAAUGGAAGAUGAGGAGGUGGAGACAGGGAAUGUAGAGCUGAUGGUUAUGGAGGAGGAGGAGCUGAAGAUGGCAGAGAUGACUGCAGUAGAAGGGCUGGGAACAGAGCCGGUGGAGGAGCUGGAGCUUAUGGAAGGGGAGGAGAUGGCUCAGACAGGAAAGGCAGAGCUGACAGCUAAGGAGGCGGAGGAGGAGCUGAAGAUUGCAGGGAUGACUGCAGUGGAAGGGCAGGGAACAGAGCCGGUGGAGGAGCUGGAGCUAAUGGAAGAUGAGGAGGUUGAGACAGGAAAGAUAGAGCUGAUGGCUAAGGAGGAGGAGGAGGAGCUGAAGAUUGCAGGGAUGACUGCAGCGGAAGGGCAUGGAACAGAGCCUUUGGAGGAGCUGGAGCUAAUGGAAGAUGAGGAGGUUGAGACAGGAAAGAUAGAGCUGAUGGCUAAGGAGGAGGAGCUGAAUAUUCUGGUGGAGGAGCUGGAGCUAAUGGAAGGGGAGAAGGUGGAGACAGGGAAGGUAGAGCUGAUGGCUAUGGAGGAGGAGGAGCUGAAGAUGGCAGAGAUGACUGCAGUAGAAGGGCCGGGAACAGAGCCGGUGGAGGAGCUGGAGCUAAUGGAAGGGGAGGAGAUGGCUCAGACAGGAAAUGCAGAGCUGACAGCUAAGGAGGAGAAGGAGGAGCUGAAGAUUGCAGGGAUGACUGCAGUGGAAGGGCAGGGAACAGAGCCGGUGGAGGAGCUGGAGCUAAUGGAAGAUGAGGAGGUUGAGACAGGAAAGAUAGAGCUGAUGGCUAAGCAGGAGGAGGAGGAGGAUCUGAAGAUUGCAGGGAUGACUGCAGUGGAAGGGCAGGGAACAGAGCCGAUGGAGGAGCUGGAGCUAAUGGAAGAUGAGGAGGUUGAGACAGGAAAGAUAGAGCUGAUGGCUAAGGAGGAGGAGCUGAAGAUUCUGGUGGAGGAGCUGGAGCUAAUGGAAGAUGAGGAGGUUGAGACAGGAAAGAUAGAGCUGAUGGCUAAGGAGGAGGAGCUGAAGAUUGCAGGGAUGACUGCAGUGGAAGGGCAUGGAACAGAGCCUGUGGAGGAGCUGGAGCUAAUGAAAGAUGAAGAGGUUGAGACAGGGAAGGUAGAGCUGAUGGCUAAGGAUGAGAAGGAGGAGCUGAAGAUUGCAGGGAUUACUGCAGUGGAAGGGCAGGGAACAGAGCCGAUGGAGGAGCUGGAGCUAAUGGAAGAUGAGGAGGUUGAGACAGGAAAGAUAGAGCUGAUGGCUAAGGAGGAGGAGCUGAAGAUUCUGGUGGAGGAGCUGGAGCUAAUGGAAGGGGAGAAGGUGGAGACAGGGAAGGUAGAGUUGAUGGCUAUGGAGGAGGAGCAGCUGAAGAUGGCAGAGAUGACUGCAGUAGAAAGGCUGGGAACAGAGCCGGUGGAGGAGCUGGAGCUAAUGGAAGGGGAGGAGAUGGCUCAGACAGGAAAUGCAGAGCUGACAGCUAAGGAGGAGAAGGUGGAGCUGAAGAUUGCAGGGAUGACUGCAGUGGAAGGGCAGGGAACAGAGCCGGUGGAGGAGCUGGAGCUAAUGGAAGAUGAGGAGGUUGAGACAGGAAAGAUAGAGCUGAUGGCUAAGGAGGAGGAGGAGGAGCUGAAGAUUGCAGGGAUGACUGCAGUGGAAGGGCAUGGAACAGAGCCUGUGGAGGAUCUGGAGCUAAUGGAAGAUGACGAGGUUGAGACAGGAAAGAUAGAGCUGAUGGCUAAGGAGGAGGAGCUGAAGAUUGCAGAGAUGACUGCAGUGGAAGAGCUGGAAACACAGCUGGUGGAGGAUCUGGAGCUAAUGGAAGGGGAGAAGGUGGAGACAGGGAAGCCGGUGGAGGAGCUGGAGCUAAUGGAAGGGGAGGAGAUGGCUCAGACAGGAAAGGCAGAGCUGACAGCUAAGGAGGCGGAGGAGGAGCUGAAGAUUGUAGGGAUGACUGCAGUGGAAGUGCAGGGAACAGAGCCGGUGGAGGAGCUGGAGCUAAUGAAAGAUGAAGAGGUUGAGACAGGAAAGGUAGAGCUGAUGGCUAAGGAGGAGAAGGAGGAGCUGAAGAUUGCAGGGAUGACUGCAGUGGAAGGGCAGGGAACAGAGCCGGUGGAGGAGCUGGAGCUAAUGAAAGAUGAAGAGGUUGAGACAGGAAAGCUGGUGGAGGAGCUAGAGCUAAUGGAAGAUGAGGAGGUAGAGACAGGGAAUGUAGAGCUGAUGGCUAUGGAGGAGGAGGGGCUGAAGAUGGCAGAGAUGACUGCAGUGGAAGGGCUGGGAACAGAGCCGGUGGAGGAGCUGGAGCUAAUGGAAGGGGAGGAGAUGGCUCAGACAGGAAAGGUAGAGCUGAUAGCUAAAGAUGAGAUGGGGCUAAAGGUUGCAGAGAUGGCUUCAGUGGAAGGGCUGGGAACAGAACUGGUGGCGGAGAUGAGGGUGGAAGAGGAGCUGCAAGAAGAGGAGAAGGUGGACGCAGAUGAAGGCAAUGUGAAGACAGCUAAGCUUGAGGCAGAUGAGGAGAAAGUGGAGGCAGAAGAGGCACUUAAGGCAUGCAGUACAGGGGGCAAUGGUGGCAGAGGAGGAGGAGCAUCAGGUAUUUAUGGAGAAUGUGGAGGCAGAGGAGUCGACAACACAGGAGAUGAAGAAAGAUGA